AUGCGACGACGUGUCAGUCAGCAGUCUGCAGCAGGAUGGUGUGUGGCGCUGGGAUCCAGGGAAGAAGCGUCGCAGGGUCCGGUGUUCCUGCAGGAGCCACCGCACCGUGCAGACUUCUCCAAUUCCUCCGGUGUCGCCAUUCACUGUGCGGCACACGGCAAACCGCCUCCGAGGAUCUCGUGGCUGCUGUCGGACGGCAGCGAGGCGUCCGCGGUGUCCGGGCUGCGGCAGGUGCUGGACAACGGCACGCUGCUGCUGGCGCCCUUCCCGGCAGAGCGCUACCGCCCAGAGGUGCACAGCGCCGCCUACCGCUGCGCCGCCCACAACUCCGCCGGCACCAUCGUCAGCCGGCGCGUCCAGGUCCGGGCUGCUGUGGAGAAGCAGCACUAUGAGGUUCAGGUGUAUGACGAGUUCGUGAUGGUUGGCAACACCGCCGUACUACGCUGCCACGUGCCCUCCCUGGUGAGGGACCACGUGGUCGUCACGUCCUGGCUACGGGGGAACGCUGAGCGCAUCGUCACUGACAUCCAGUCAGGCGGCCGUUACUCUGUGUUCCCGUCUGGGGAGCUGCAUAUACGUCACGUGACGCAGGCGGAUGGCGCGCUGCCCUACCGCUGCGAGACCAGGCACCUGCUGACGGGGAAGUCCCGGCUCAGCAUCUCAGCCGCCAGACUGCUGGUGACGUCACCGCAGAGCUCUGUGCCUCCCCGCAUCACGGACUCGCGCAGCCACGUGCAGGCGCGCCACAGGCAGCCCGUGGAGCUGCCCUGCGCAGCACAGGGCUUCCCGCUGCCCUCCUACACGUGGUUCCGCAGCCAGGGCGCCUCCAGCCAGCGCGUCGUCCUGGAGGAUCGCGUGCGGCAGGUGGGCGGCAGCCUCUUCCUGGCGGCCGCGCUGCUCAGGGACUCUGGCCGCUACGUCUGCGUCGUCAACAACUCGGUGGGCGCCGAGCGCGCCUCCACCUCGCUGCUCAUAACCACGCCGCUGUCGGCCUACGUGGCGCCGCAGCAGCAGACGGUGGACGUGGGGCGGCCCGCGCAGCUCAACUGCUCCACCGAGGGCCACCCCCAGCUGGCCGUCUCCUGGCUCAAGGACGGCCGGCCGCUCCACACCUCCAGCAGGGUCAGGCUGCUAACCCCGCAGACACUGCGCAUCGAACACGUGGAGCAGCAUGAUGCAGGGAUGUACCAGUGUGUGGUCUCCAACAAUGACGAGACUGCUCAAGGAACAGCACAGAUCUCAUUGGGAGAUGCGGCGCCAGUGCUGGUGAAGACGUUCGGCGCGGCGACGCUGACGCCAGGUUCCGCGUGGUCUGCAGAGUGCGAGGCCGCUGGCUCACCGCUGCCCUCCGUGUCCUGGCGGCGCGACGGCCACGCCCUCACCACCUCACAGCAGCACACACUGCAGAAGGCAGCGAGAAAUUCAACAAUGGUUCCAUUUGCUGCAGCAGUGGAAAUAACAAACAUAUUAUCGUUUGAAGGACGGAAGUGUGUGCUAAAGAGUAACUGGAAAACAGGCGCGUCGGUGCGGGGGCGGCUGUCGCUGUCUGCUGUGCGGCCAGAGGACGGCGGCGUGUACGAGUGCGUGGCCAGCAGCGCGGCCGGCGCCGCCUCCCACGCCGCCCCCCUGCACGUCGUGGGCCCGCCCCACGUCCGGCCCAUGCCAGACCAGAGGGUCGUCGCCCACACCGACGCCGCCUUCCACUGCCGCGUCACCGGCUACCCGAUCAGCCAGAUACGCUGGGAGAAGGAGGGAACCACGCUACCGGACAACGACAGACAGCAAGUGUUCCAGAAUGGGACACUCAUAAUACAGAACAUGCAGAAACAUUCCGAUGAGGGAGGUUACGUGUGCGUAGCGACAAACCCCGAUGGACUCACUUCAAGAAGCAAGCUGAAUAUUCAGGUCCUGGAACCCCCUCAGAUAGACCCAAUAUCGACAAAGCCGGACCUACAGAGAGGAAUGCGGACGCACCUGUCUUGUAUCGUCAGUAAAGGCGACCUCCCGAUCGAGAUCAGCUGGCUGAAAGACGGCGCGCCGGUUCCCCAGGACGAGGAGGUCUCCGAGAAGACCAUCGACGACUACUCGAGCACGCUCAGCUUCCGCAGACUCGCUCCCAGGCACGCCGGAAACUACUCCUGCCACGCGGCCAACGCAGCAGCCUCCGCCCACUACACUGUGCAGGUUACUGUGAACGAGCCGCCAUCUUGGAAGCGUCAGCCCAAGGACACGCAGGUGGAGGCCGGCAGAUCCGUGACGCUGCCCUGCUCUGCCGAUGGUUCUCCCGUGCCAAGAAUCCUCUGGAAGAAGGAUUCCGGGUCCUCGCCACCCAACUUCCAGGAUGUCAGCAUGCUCAUGUCCAACUACAAGAUUCUGGAUAACGGCAGUCUGUGGAUUCAUAGCGCCCGCCCAAUGGACAAAGGACAUUACCUGUGCCAGGCUGCCAAUGGAUUUGGAAUUGGUCUUAGUAAAGUCGUUUACGUCGAUGUGAGAGGUUAG